AUGGCUCAAUCCGAAGUCACCCAGUCUCUUGGUCUUGCCAUCGCCCAAACCGAAAACCUCUUUCACAAACAAGCCGACUUGGAGAAUUCCCUGAAUCGAUCUUUGGCCAUUUCCGAAAGGAGCCUCAAGCUGGCAAAUCGAUGGGUGUCAUCUCCGUCUCUGUCUCUGUUCUCUGGCCCGUCUUCGAUGACCCUCUCCUCUUUAGGUGGCGUCAGUACCCAGCUCUUGAUUUGGUCGUUACAAUUGAUUUGGCAGAUUGCCUACUCCAUGGUCUCAGCGUUCUGUUUCGUGUUCAUCCUAUUCCGGACAGGCAUGAGAAAGUCGAUGCUCCGAUGGUCGAAUCGAUUUUACCAUAUUCCGUCAGAUGAAGAAUCGGCUGUUACAAGCAGAGCGAAGGAUUUCACAAAUAUCACUAUCUCCGGUAUCACGCAGUCUCCGAGUCGAAAUAGGCAAUCGUGUAAUCCGACAGCGAACCUCGCGCCCUCGCCCGAAGUCACUCGUACACCUGAUCCACGCAGAUCGAACUUUCGAAGAUCUGACAUCUGCACCUUUGUAAUGAUGUAUUUACUGUAUGUAUCCAAUAAGCAUGUAUAUGGUCUUACCCAGUCCAGACACAUGGCCAGUCAAGCUCUAGGCUCACGGUUGUGA